AUGUACAGCUAUCCUGUGAAGUCGACAUCGUUUCCGAAUUCCUCAAGCAAAAGAGGAACAACGUUUCUUUCACGAAAAACAGGCAUAAGUGGCGGUUCUAAAGACGACUCAGACGAUGAUAACAUGAUUGGUCCCCCCAAACUGAGCAACUUUGGCUCUGCUCUACUCUCUGACAAGGAAAAUGUUGAGCCCGACACUUAUGCUUUGAAUAACAAACCUUUCGCCGUGAAGAGAUUUGGCAGCUUCCAAGACGCACCCCAAGCUGCCAGCCGACGAGACCUCGUAGAAUUCCAAAGAACUCGUACCUUAAGCAAUGGAAAUGGCGGCUCUGGUGGCCCUUACGCAACAUUUCAGUCCGAGGACCACUCUGACUCUACCAUGUUUGCAAAUUCUAAGGACCAUCAGCAGAGUAUGACGACGUUUAAUCCCGAACUGCAGCCUGAAUUUGACAAAGCUUACACUUCCACUGCUGAUGGCAGCCACUCCAAGCUAAAAAACUUACAACAAACACUAAAAGAUGAAUUAUUGACUAGAAGCUCAAGGCGAAAAAAUAGGCGAUUCAUAUCCUCAAGGUUAAGUCUUUUGGGACCCGCAAAAAGAGCGGGUUCAGCGACAGCCACCCCUAAUAAAUCUGAGCUUGCUGACGACUCCAAUGCAUCGCAACUAGAAAUAAACUUCUCCAACUCGUCUAGUGCUGGUGGAACGAUCAACAACAAAGCUAAUAACGGGUACAAUGUAUUUUAUGAGCCUCAUAAUGGUAGCCCGCCAUCUCUGGAAAAGAGCACUGGUUUAACGAGCUCUAGCGUGAGUUACGAAAAUAUUGAAUUUGGUGAAUUAAAUCCCUAUCAAUAUCUAAAAAAGCACAAUCUCCCCACUACAGAGCUUCCAAACAUCUCAAGAGUGUAUUUCGAGCGACAAAAGGGUGAAAAUCGAAGGACUGCUCUUCGCAAAAACACUGCUACGAAAGAUGCAAUUCAGAAUAGAUUGGCAACUGCGUCACUUUCGAGCUCACCUCUUUUGAAGCACAUCGAGCCGAUAAAGCGUGAGCCCUCUGCAACUAAGCGAGAACCUAGGCGAAAAGCUAGUGACAGUGCCACAAAUAAUGCGUCCAAAGUAUGGUCUUCCCCUCUGUCAGGACCUGCUAAUACGACUACAGCUUCCGCAAAAAGUGCUAAAACGCAUGACGAAGAGGAUAAGUAUGAAAUUGCCGAGCUAAAUGAUCGCAAUACCCUUAACUAUAUCAGAAGGAGAGAAGCACUUUCUAACAUUGACAUCAACAGUAGCCGCACCUACCAACAUCCGCAUAAGAAGACAAAAUACGCAUUCGAGGGUACCGAGGAUGGAAAUAAUGAUUACAAAUCGGAAAUAUAUCGCGGGAAUCAACCCAGUAAUUCAGAGCAAUCUAAAUUUGUGCAUCGUGAUCCGCCUGCUGCGCCGACAGGGAAGCACGUCGAGAUUUUGGAACCUGUUAAAUCCAUCGAAAGAGUUCCUCUAAAACCACCAGCUUCAGGAAUCGAGCAAACGUACAAGAAAAGGCCGAUAGUAACCGUCAAUGGAACGGAGUAUGAGAAGUUAGAACUCUUGGGAAGAGGUGGCUCUUCGAAGGUUUACAAAGUCAAGAAUGCCACAAACAACAAAGUAUAUGCCCUCAAAAGAGUUUCCUUUGACGAGUUUGAUGACAGCAGCGUUGAUGGAUUCAAAGGAGAAAUAGAGCUGCUGAAAAAGCUUGAAUCGAAACCCCGCGUAGUUAGGCUCAUAGAUCAUGAAAUGGAGCACGGUGUGCUCUAUGUCGUGAUGGAAUGUGGUGACCACGAUUUAUCACAUACUUUGGCGCAGAGGUCAGGCAUGGCUUUAGAUGUCGAGUUUGUUAGAUACCAUGCACAGGAAAUGCUUAAAUGUGUUAAGGUGGUUCAUGAUGCUGGAAUUGUACAUUCUGACUUGAAGCCAGCUAACUUCGUGUUUGUGAAGGGCAUUCUCAAGAUCAUAGACUUCGGUAUCGCCAACGCUGUGCCAGAACAUACAGUGAAUAUAUACCGCGAGACACAAAUUGGAACCCCGAACUAUAUGGCACCCGAGGCCCUGGUGGCUAUGAAUUUUACACACGAUCAACCAGCCGAACAGAGUAGGUGGAAAGUUGGAAAACCAUCAGAUAUAUGGUCGUGCGGAUGUAUCAUUUAUCAAAUGAUUUACGGAAGACCACCAUAUGGAGGAUUUCAGGGUCAAAAUAGACUCCUGGCAAUUAUGAACCCGGAGGUGAAGAUCGUUUAUCCUGAAAAAACACCGAGUGGGGAAAUUGUGCCGAAGACAGCGAUUGAUACCAUGAAGGCAUGUCUUGAGAGAAACCCCGACAAGAGGUGGACGGUGGAAGAAGCUUUAAUGGGCUCGUUUGUCAAGCCAAUCGCGGUAACGCAUUUCUUCGUUCGCGACUUGAUCAAAAACUCGGUAAAAUAUGGAUUUAAUCAAAGGGAACUAUCAAAUGAGAAAAUUGAAGAGCUAGCCGACGAUGUAUGGCACAGACUAGCAGAGUUUAGGCUUUGA